AUGACAAUCAUAUCCGGCCCAGAUGAUAAUUCAAGUCAUGCCUAUGAUGAGAUUAUAGUUUCCAUUGUGGAUUAUGUCUACAACUUCCAGAUCACGGAUGAUAAUGCUUGGCUGCGAGCCAAAGCAGCUCUGAUUGACGCGCUCGGAGUCGCUUUGGAGAGCGUCCAUACAAGUCCAGAGUGCGCCCAGCUCUUGGGGCCACCGCUGCCCCUUGCACCAGGCAUUUCAGGUCUCUUUCGUCUACCUGGAACAUCUCACCAGCUAGAUAUUUUGAAGGGGGCCUUUGACAUGGGAACGAUGAUCCGGUACUUGGAUCAUAAUGAUGCAUUUCCGGGCGCCGAAUGGGGUCAUCCUUCAGACAAUUUGGGAGGUAUCCUGGCAGCGGCGGAUAUCUGCAGCCAACUCGCAUUUGCUCAGGGAGACUCAUCACUUGAGAUCUCCAUGGGUCAGGUACUCUCCGCAUUGAUCAAAGCCUAUGAAAUCCAGGGCUGCUUUCAGAUAGCAAAUGCUUUCAACAAAGUCGGGAUUGACCAUGUCAUCCUUGUGAAAGUGGCCUCGACCGCCGUUAUCUCGUGGCUGUUGCGUCUCUCGCCAGAGCAAGCCAAAAGUGCUGUCUCCCAUGCAUGGAUGGACGGUCACCCAUUGCGGGUGUAUCGACAGGCUCCGAACACAGGCCCUCGUAAAGGAUGGGCAGCUGGUGAUGCGUGUAUGCGCGCUGUUCAUUUGACAUUGCUAGCCAAAGCCGGUCAACCGGGCGCUACGACAGCCUUGACGACUCCGCGGUGGGGCUUCUACGACGUAUUAUUCAAAGGUAAACCAUUUGAAUUACCACGCCCCUUUGGAACAUGGGUGAUCGAAACAGUCCUCUUUAAGAUCAAUACCGCAGAGGGACAUGGCAUGACGGCAAUCGAAGCAGCACUUCAAACCGCUGAGACAAUGAGACAGAAAGGAUUAGAUCCGGCUAUCGACAUUCGCAGCAUUCAUGUGCGCACACAGGAGGCUGGAAUGAUUAUUAUCAAUAAGCAUGGAGCGCUGCACAAUCCCGCUGACCGCGAUCAUUGUCUACGAUACAUGGUAGCCGUUGUGCUACUCAAAGGGACGCAAAUUGAGACGGCGGACUACCAGAAUGACAGUCCAUGGGCCACCGACGAGCGGAUCGAGGCAUUGCGCCAAAAGAUUACCAUGGCCGAAGACCCAGAAUUUACACGCGAUUAUCACGAUCCUAAUGUUCGUAGUGUGUCAAAUUCCUUGUCUGUCACAUUAAAUGAUGGCACACAGCUUCCCGACGUGGUAGUUCCAUACCCCUUGGGCCACGUUCGUCGCAAAGACACCCUCAGCCAGGUCUACAACAAAGCUAGAAAGAAUCUGGGGCUCCGACUGCCAGCUGAAAGGGUGGAAAAAAUCAUGCUGCGGCUCGCAUCCCCCGAUUUUAGCUCG